ACACACACACGCACGCACACACACACUGUGUGGAAUUAGAGAAGUUGGGACCAUUGCUGUCCCUCGGAGCUUCCGCUGCAGUUGCCCCGGACUCUGAGCUCCUCUCCCGGGACCAGGACCCAGACCCUCCGCUGACCGUCGGGCUGAUAUCUGAAUCCCUCCUCAGGUCGAGUCCCGCUCGGACCCGCGCUUCCUCGGGUCGAACCCUCGGGAUGUCCUGUUAGAACCCGCGACGGAAGCACCAUGAUGAGCUCGGAGGCGCUCCGGCCCAGCUCCGGCGGCAGGAAGCCGCUGGGGAAGCUGGCGUCCCGGCUGGAGGAGGUGAAGAACCCGUGGCGGCAGGUGUCCUCCUCGCUGGAGCUCAGCCACAACGAGGCGGCCCGCCUGGCCACGGACGCGCUGCUGGAGCUCGGGGAGAAGGAGUACCGCCGGGUGCUGACCGAGGAGCGGGAGCUCGGCUUCCUCUCCCCGCAGGAGAUCCGCUACAUCGGGCAGCACACGGCCAAGACCUGCGGCCCGGACACCCACGGCUCCAACGAGCGGGACUUCGGGGACGCGGACGUGGUGUCCCAGCUCACCUCCGGGACCUACUUCCCCAUGAUGUCCGACGAGGAGCCCCCGAUGCUGGAGCUCGGCUGGCCCGAAUCCCCGGCGAGGUUCGGCCCGUCGGAGACUCACAUCUACUUCCAGAGGGACAAGUCCCACAACAUGAAGGACCUGGUCCGGUCCCUGAUCCACAAGGCCAAGAAGGUGAUAGCCGUGGUCAUGGACGUGUUUACGGACGUUGACCUUCUCUGUGACCUCAUGGAGGCGUCCAACAAACGCAAGGUCCCCGUCUACAUCCUGCUGGACGAGAAGAAGCUCGGCUACUUCACGGACAUGUGCUCGGCGCUGGACAUCCAGAACUCUCACCUGAGUAACAUGCGUGUCCGCAGUGUGUGCGGAGACACUUACUGCACCAAGAGUGGCAAGAAGUUCUCCGGUCAGGUCCUGGAGAAGUUCAUGAUCAUUGACUGUGAAGAGGUCAUCGCAGGGUCCUACAGUUUCACCUGGCUGUCGGCUCAGGUGCACAGCAACAUGGUGAUGCACUUCUCAGGGCGCAUCGCCGACAGCUUCGACCGGGAGUUCCGCUGCCUGUACGCAGACUCGCAGAUCGUCGACUGCUUCUACAACCCAGAGGACGAGGGGAUGCCCUACUACCCGUCCUACCAGGCCAUGAUGGCCCCCGGCCUGGGGCCCGGCCCGGUCAUGGGGCUGGAUCUAACCGCUGACAGGCAGAGGGACAGAGUGUGUUCUGAACACUCCAGCAGCCAAUCCAGUAACAGUGUCUCCAGUGUGAAGGUGGCGCCUGGAAUGACCAACGCCUCCUAUAAGGUCACUCAAGGUCACGACAAGAAGGAGACCAACAGCAACUCUCGCCUCAGCCCUGAGAGGAGGGGAGGGGGUGGGGGGGGAGACCAGGCACAUGUCCUGCCACCAGGACCGCGGGUGUCUGCUAACGGAGCGGCCAAUCACAUCCCAGUUCCUGAGCGACCCUCGCCGACCUUUGGGCAGCCAAUGGGCAUCGAGUGGAACAAGCCCAGUGCGGUGGACGUCAUGAGGUCGAACAUCAGCGGCACUUCCUCCAAGCUCCAGGCCCUGGGUCUGUACGACCACAAACCCAGCAUGUUCCACGGCCCCCCCACCUCAGGCCUGACCCCCAGGACCCAGACCCCGUCCCCGGUCAACGACAGCAAACCCACCCUCAAGCAGAGAGCCCUCAACAAACUGUGGAGGUCCCCGUCCCCUCACAGCUCGUCGCCCUGGGGGGGGCCGGACCUCUCUCCACCGGAGCCUGAGAGCCAGCAGAGCCCGCCUCCCCCCCCCUCUCCAGAGGCUCUGAUGAGCCGGCAGGACCAGAAGCGCAUGACGCUGGGCCACAGCAAACUGGACCUGGUGAACCAUUACAACCAGAUGAAGUCCAAGCAGGUGUACAGCCGCUUCGAGCUCAAGAGCUCCAACUGAAGCGAGAGGCCGUCCAGAUGUUGAACGUUCUCCUCCUCUGACCUCUGACCUCUGACCUCUGGAGUCUGGUCACGUCACCACCAGGACAAACGUCUCCGUGGACGUGUUUUUGAAUUAUGUCAGUUUCUCUUCUGCUUCCACAGUUCUGAUGAUGCCUGGUGGAAAUCAAGCCAUUACAGAGUUUCACCUGAUUCCUGUCGUGACGACAAGUACAGAAGUGAUGAGACUCACAAAACACACAAAUACCACACAUGACAUAUCGAGGUCCUGUUGAUACACUCUCAUCCAAUCAGGAGUCCGUCUCAGCUGUCAAUCAUUCAAUCAGGAGUCAGUGUCAGCUGUCAAUCAUUCAAUCAGGAGUCAGUGUCAGCUGUCAGUCAUGUCUUCUCAGCCGGUUUUUAUAUCAUUAAAUAACUAAAUAAAACCAAACUGAGCAGAAACUUGAACAAACUGAAAUGAGAGAAACAUCUUUGAUGUUCGUCUACUUUGAUUUUUUUAGUUUGGUCUCAUCUGCUAACAUGGAGGAGGUGGGGUUUAUGACAUAUACUGCAGUCAGCCACCAGGGGGCGAUUAAGAUGAUUUGGCUUCACUUCAUAAAACCAAUUUGUAAAAAAUCUAUUAACGAAUUAAUUUUAAACAGUGAAUGUUACAUGUGGAGAGAUUAUAACCGACAAGAAGAAGAUUCAGAAAGAAACAAAUAAAUUAAAAUGUGAAAAGAAACCUCAGGCCCUUAGAGACGCUAACUCUUUACGUACGAAAAGAAAAGUCUGAUUCAAACUUCUCUGCUCACAUACUGUGGCCGUUAUGUUCGAAUGGUUCUUAAGCAGUUCCUCCACUAGAGGGCAGCGCAGAGUAAACAGUUUUAUAAGAACAACAAACCUUGCGACAGUGAUUGAGAGUUUGUCCUUGAAACGAGGAAUAAUGAAGUAGCUUCACAUACGAUCAGUUUCUUACCAACUCACAAAAUCAUAAAGUUCAAAUGUUACUGACGUUUCUUCCUCGUGUGGUCGUCAUACUUCAGAAAUCUCAAACUUCUGAUAAAACUGUGUUAAAAGUUUGAGUUUUUUUGCUUUGGGCGCGAAAAAGAAACGUUUAAAGAGCAGAUUUGCGAAGCAGCUUUUUCCUCGACAGACGGUCGAUCUCAGAACGAACUUAACGUGUAAACCAGUUGAUUUCCAGUCUUUAAUAUCGUAACACACAGAAACCGAAGGAGGAUUAAACAGAUUAUGAAGAAUUGGACACUUUUCUAUCUUCUUAUUCUAAAGGUUUAAUAUUCCUGUAUCAUUUUGUAAUAAUAACAUGUGCCUUCAUCUUCCUGCCUUAAGGUUUACAAUCAUUUUAAUAACUGUAAUAUCUUCAGUGACUUAUAAUAGCUGCCAAUUAGGAUUUAAUUAACAGUCUGUUAAUUAAGGUUCAAUUAACAGAUGCAGACAAGGAACAAACAAUAUUCUUCCUGCUGCAUCUUGAGCUGUAAUCAUGUGACCUGAAGCUCUUCGGUGCAUUUUGACGCUACACAAGUGGAAUAAGUUGUUUCCUGCAGAUGAGAUAAAAAGUUUGUGUAAAAGAAUCUUCAUGUUCACAAGGUGCAGGAUUCAUGAAACAAAAUAUUAAUUAUGAUGUAACCUGUAUCCACAUGACAACGUUUAAAACACAAAUUAAAACUGAGAAGCUUGAACUCUGUAUAUAGAAGAUCCAGCUGUUUACAUGUUUACACAACCCAAAGCUUCCUGUUUGCUCGGGCGCUCACAGGCUCAGUGUAGGUGAUCGGUCACGUGUGUUUUCAGCGUGUUCGUAUGGACGGAGAUGAAAACUGACACGGAACCAAAACGCUCGUGGACUGAGAUGGUUUUAAUGAAGUCGUCUGGACGUAGCCUCGGAGUCAUCGGGUUAGUCGUCACCCGAGACUGAACUUUCCACCAAGGCCACCAUGUUUCUACGGUAGCCCAGAACGGACACACCAGAAACACUGGUUCUUAAGAAGGCGUUUCAUGGUUUACGUUUAGAGACGUAACGUGAACCCAGUCUGUGAAGCAACGUCUGUGAGAACUCGCAGACUGGAGGAAAAAACUAACGAUUUCUGGCUGCGAUUCCACAGACUUGGGAAACUUAAGCGUGAUUAAAUGCUAACAUGGAAGUGGACUGUCGGUGCCGUCAACUGGUUGCGAUUGUUGUGCACUGAAAAACGUGAUCGACAUUGAAUCAGUCGAAGUCGUUGAGCUUAUCAUCGAGUGUCGGCCGCAGUCACCUGACAGCUGCUGUAGAUUCUACAGCAGCUGGAAGGGAAGGGCUGUUCAGGUGGUUGCAAUAUGAACCUUCACCACUAGAGGCCACUCAAUCCUACACAUUGUACUUUUGAUAUUCGUUUCUUUAUUACAGAGGAUUGGCUCCUCGUGCUGUACAUUUUUAACACUAAAUAUGUUUUUCUAAAUGUGUAGAUUUGUAUAUAGACUCUAUAUAACCCAGGUUUGUACUAUUUGUAUUAAUUACUUGGUUUUAGAUGUUUUUCUGGCUCAAUUCCAAAUAAUUCUCAGCAAUACAGGAUCCAGACUUGAGCCGUCGUCACCGGGGCAACGCCGAUGACAGUGAUCAUAAUUUUGGUAUUUUUUCGUUCUCGUGUGUGAUUUUGUUUACUGCUUAUUUCAGUUGGAAGCUUUUUAUCCACUGAAUCAGCCAGACGAUGUAUAAAGUACAUUAUGUUGUGAACAGUCACAUGAACUGACUGUUUGGGUUAUUGUUAAAGAAACACUCCUUUAAACUGUUAUUUGUACUGUUUGUUAUUAACUGCAGAAUGUGAACUCUGUGUUGAUGUUGGUCUUAAUUUGUAAGAAGAACUUUUAAGUAUAUAAUAAAACUUGAAAAGUUGAA